CGGCCAUAGGACUCGGAAAACACCGCAUCCCGUCCGAUCUGCGAAGUUAAGCCGAGUACCGCUCAGUUAGUACCAUGGUAGGGGACUACAUGGGAAUCCUGAGUGCCGUGGUUCUUCUUUUUCUUUUUCUUUUUCCUUUGUCUUUCCUUGCCUGUCAGUCAACCUUAAGUACGUCACUUGGCCAACAGCCGAUUUGCUCUGAGUCUUAUCAAAAUUAUUCAUGGUGUAUCUUGGACACCGGCCGCGCUAUUGGUUCCAUUUGUUAUGCAAUGUAGCUUUCUCUGUCUGUAAACCUCAACCGUUCCGAUGUUCUUGCAUGAUAGCAUCGCGUUUGUGUGGGCCUCACGCAAUGACUCCUACUACUUGCAAGCAAGGAGUAACUGGCCUGGCCUGGCUCGCCGAGCCAGCCCCAAGCCAGCAAUCAGUAGUGAACUAUGCAUGAACAUUUACAUAUGAACGUACGAACAUGACAGAAU